CCCAUAUAUCUAAGGAGCCGACCCUCGUUCUUUAGGCUAUUAUCAUGGCUGCCCUUAUAGCAGGUCUGGUGCUCCUCGCCGCCGUCGCUGCAGCGUACGGCGAGGAUUACGUGGUCGGCGACUCGUCGGGGUGGAGCAGCGGCGUGGACUACACUACUUGGGCGAAAGGAAAAGCCUUCAGUGUUGGAGACACACUCGUGUUCCAGUACAGCAUGAUGCACACGGUGGCGGAGGUGAGCUCGGCGGACUACAGCGCGUGCUCGGCCAGCAACUCCAUCCAGUCCUACAGCAACCAGAACACCAAGGUCGCGCUCACCGCGCCUGGCACGCGCUACUUCAUCUGCGGCACCCCGAGCCACUGCGGCAACGGCAUGAAGCUCGCCGUCACAGUCUCCCCCGCGGCCGUCACCACCCCGGCAUCCCCGCCCGACGCGCCGUCGGCCACUCCCGCCACGCCGUCGGCGCCCGGCACCGAGACGCCCUCGGAGGAGACCACGCCGUCCACGUCGACGCCCGCCGCCACGACUGCGCCCACGACCAAAUCCACCUCGGACAGCACCGCUGCCGCAAGCGGCGGGGAGGCCCGGCUCGUGACGAGCCUGUUGGGCGGGGCAGCGGGGCUCGUCGGCCUCGCCCUGCUGGGCUAGGCGAGAGGCAGUGCUGUUGCCGUUCCCGGCCCCUCCGUUUGUCGAGUUCGAUCGUUUUACAGUUCACACACUUGUAUUGUUGUUGAUGCGUCGGGAACGUCUGAUUCGAGACCCGUGUCACGAACACUCUUGAUCUAGA